AUGGGAUCACACGCCGAGACGUCUGAGUCUCUUGCUUUUGAGGCAAGCGCUGAUCUCACAAAUGAGAUACUCGCUGCUCGUAACGUCAAUUUGAGCUUCACGGGUUCCUAUUUGCAACGCGGGUUUGUUGGGCAGAACUUUCAAAACAUGAUUCGUGCUAUUGAGGCCAAGUUCAAUGUCUCAUGCAACAUCUCAGAUGAGGAGUUGGAGCAUUAUGCCAGCAUGGAAGACGACCGCGUCAUCUCUAAGCUUAUGCAGAAUCUGGAACCAUGUGAAGGCGCUAAUGCUGAGUUGGAGCGUCUCAAAGGACAUUAUCGACUCGCUGUUGUGUCUUCAUCAGCGCUGCGUCGAGUGCGCGCUUCUCUUAGUAAAGCUGGCCAGGCUGAAUUCUUCGACCCAAAGGACGUUUUCAGCGCUGCAGACUCGCUUCCAGUUCCCACUUCAAAGCCUGAUCCAGCUGUUUACCUACACGCCCUGACAGCUAUGGGAAAAAGCGCCAGUGAGUGCAUUGCAGUUGAAGAUAGUCGCUCUGGUGCAACUUCUGCUAAGUGCGCUGGGAUUAUUACGGUUGGCUACACUGGGGCAUGCGAGACGCCCAAAGAGGCUGAGGCACUGCGUGUAGUUCUGGAGAACGCUGGCUGCAAAUUUGUUAUGGGAAGUUGGGAUGAGUUUUCAGAUAUUUUGUACAAGAUUGAGGCUCGUCUCAUGGAAUGA